UUCAGACAGAAGUUUUCCUCAUUCUCGAAGGUUUUCCUCGGCGAGUAGCACCGUCUUUUGUGUUGUUCCGACGUGGUACCUACCGUGGUUGAAGAGGGUGGUCCGUCUCAUCAGCAGAAGCAGAAGUGUAGAGUGGGGCAGCUUUUCCUCGAGAAUAAUAUUAUGGUGGAAAAUUGAUGGCGUUGCGUAAAUUCGUCGCGUUGUGAAAUUUUUGUGCUGACAUUCGAAAAAUGAAAAUAAUCUGCAUUUUGCUUGCUGUGGUGAUUGCUUUCGAGCGAAUGUAAGUGUGCAGCUGGCCGAAAGGGUAUCCAUCUUCUGGCCCCAAUUUGGAGUGCUAGGCAGAGGAGGUCUUUUUUUUCUUUUUGGGAGCUCCAGAGUGGAUGUCAAAGAAGAAAUUUCCGUGCCGUCCAUGAAACGAUGCACUGGAAAGAAUCGUCAUUCGAGUGGAAGUGCGAUUGGUCAGCUUUUAUUUAUAUCGAACUCAAUUUGGGGCGCAAAUUGUGUCCAAAGUUUGUAAUUUGAAGUCAAUGCAUUUUAUAAAUGAUGAGUGCCCAGCAGCCAUGAUUGUUAUGAUAUAAAUCGAAUCCUUCGAGAAGUUUGUGAAUAAAAGUGUUUCAUCAGCGUAGAAUAGAUAAUAAGAGAGUAGAACUACUUUUGUGUCGCAGAAGAAGAAAUUUUGUCAUAGACGAGUGAAAGUUGAAAAGUGUUGUUACACAUUUUAUUCUCACCUUCAAAAGUGUUAUGAAAUAAAGUGCGAAAAACGGUGCAGUUUUUCAACCUUCAAACUGCGAUUCUUGAGAAAAAAUAGAAAUCGCAAUAAUCUUAAGUGGCAAGAAAAGCAAAAGAGUAAAAACUCAUCGAUUCACUACCACCAACUCCUGAGCCCGCACAGAUCGAGCCAAGGACAUUUUGGUACGUCUCACAGUAUUGUCAGUGAAAACAGCUUCCAGUCAGACAGUGAACCAGUUCUGCAGGCCCACACGAGCGUUACUGCAUUGUUAGUACCCAGUUUCGUUUGAUUGAUCGGAGUAUCUGCAUUGCUUUUUGAGCUGAAUCAAUCAAAGGGCUACAGGAUGGAAUCAGCACCAACCGGAAGGAUAUUACGGUUGACGCAGUUUUAGGCGAAUAAUUCCAAGGUUCGCGAAAUAAACACUAAUUCAUAUUGUUGUAAUAUGUUGUGCCGUUGGGCCCUAAAAGAUGCAUUACCUGUUCCAUUCCGCAAGUAUCGCAACUUCUAUCGAACCUAAAUGGAGCAACUGCUCGUGCAGCAAACCACCAGUAGCGUGUGAGACAUUUUCCAACACCAAGCUUUCAGCCUCCGACAACGACACCCGUGGUAGCAGCGGAAAACUAUUCCUUCACCUGCUGGCAGCAGAAUGGCCCGAUGUCCGCCGAGCGUCUUGAUAUUAACCGUGUUGCUCGCCUCUGUUCGUGUAGCGGAUCAAACAAAAUGCGCCCUAACGUCGAGCUACGGCAGCAGCUACAGCACACUCCUGUCCGGUGGGGGCCGCGUCCCCGAGGCGCAUAUGCUCUCAUCGGACUACCCAACCUACAAUGACGACAGUGAGGAUGUUACUAGUUUCCUUAAAGUAUUGAGCUGCUCUGAUGCGUCGAUUCGGGUGGUGAAUGAAGACUAUCUGCGACCGGUCAACUCUUACAAGGGAGUGUUAUUGGAACGGGUUCCCGUGGAACACCUAGACUCUGACCACCUGGCUUUCAAAAAUGAGAACUACUUGGAGGUGGUGCAAUGGAGUCACAGUAAUGUCACAGAAAGGCAACUAGAGUUGACGUUUGCGAGAGAGGAUAAAAAGUUUACUAAUUUACUGAUACUAGAUUUAAGCGGAAACCGCCUUAAAAGUUUAAGGCGAGAUUAUUUAAGCAAACUAGACAGAUUAAAAUUGUUAAGACUAUCCGAGAAUCAAUUAUCAAAUCUUCCAAGUGAUAUUUUCUAUGACUUAAUAAACUUAGAGGAGCUGCAAUUGCAGCAUAAUCGGUUGGUCGAGAUCGUGCCAGGCCAGCUGCGACCUCUGAAUAGAUUACGGAUUCUGAACCUAUCAAACAACACCAUUCACGAUCUUCCGCGCAACAUUUUCAAUGGGUUGAACAACUUAACCGAGCUUCACAUGUCUAACAAUCGACUGUACGUGGUGCCAUUUCAGAUCUUCAAAGAACUACGUGCAUUAGAAGUUCUCGAUGUAUCCAACAACAUGCUCGUCUCGUUCCUGGAUAAUUUCUUUCUCACCAACAAACAAUUGCGCGUAUUAAGACUGAACAACAAUAUCAUCGAGAAGAUCUCGAAGAUGGCCCUGUAUGGCCUUAAAAAGCUUCAAAUUUUGGAUAUCUCCUCCAAUAAGUUGGUGUUUAUCGACCGGAAUGCCUUCGAUACGCUGGAAGAUCUGAGACACCUGAACAUCUCCAAUAAUCAAAUCUACAUCCUUCCUUCAACGGUAUUUUCAACGUUGAAGAACAUUCUGUCUAUCAAUUUGAGUAAUAACGUCAUGAGGACGCUACCAAACUCAAUAUUCUCCGGACAGUUCAAACUGGAAAGUUUGUACCUGGAUGAAACCAAUUUGGAAGCGCUCAGCAAUUGGGUUUCCCGUCACAACAAUACAAUCAACAAGGAAAUCCUACGCAAUCUGCGCUAUAUGUCGAUCCGCAAUAACACCCGCCUGAAAGAGAUCGAACCGUGCGUGUUCCGCAAUAUUCCAAAUUUGGAAACGCUAAUGUUGUCCAACAAUAGACUGACUAGCCUGCCGAAGGAGAUAGGCGAGCUAACGAAACUGCGAUACCUGGACGUCGCCAACAACGACAUUAUGUAUAUACCAGAGCAGAUACGGCAUUUGCACCAGCUGCAGACUGCAAAUUUUCUUAAUAACGAUUACGGUUGUGACUGCCACAUGUAUUGGAUCCUGAGCUGGAUUGAUGAACUGCAAGCAGAGAACAAUACUCAAAAGAUAUAUGAUCUUUUGAGUUUGUCGCAGCUGAAGUGUCGCAGUGGCUAUCCUGGUGAUGUCAUCAGAGUAUUACAGCAUAUCAAUUGCUUCAAACCGGAACUGCUACAAGCAUCGGAUAGCAAAAUGCACCUGCUCAAAUCGGACGCCGUGUUGGAGUGUGUGUUUACGGGCAAUCCCCCGCCGGACAUCAUUUGGAUCACACCGAAAAACGAAAUCUUGCGGCACAGUCAGGAGCACGAACAAAAAUCACUGCUCUUUGAUUCGUCGGGUGAGAGUAUUUCGAACAAGUAUCAGCAAGCGGUCGAGUUCCAGAUGCUAACCACCGAUAAUGUUACCGGUGUUGGUGCACUGCACGAAAACAUCGGAAUGGGCAUAACGCUGCUGGAAAAUGGUUUCCUACGGAUUCACAACAUUUCCCGCAGGGACAGUGGUUUAUACACUUGCUACGCAAUCAACAUCAUGGGCAACGCCACUGCUGGAAUAAGACUUUACAUCGAUCCUAUCGUGUUCUAUCGGGUGAAGAUUGGCAGCAUCAUCACCGGUGCCAUAUCGGCAGCCUCUUUCUUAGCACUGACGCUCAUCUUCCAGGGAAUCCGCCGCAUUUUCAUCCGGUUCCGUAUAAUAGAUCUGAUUUGUCAAAACUGCUGCAGCUACUGCUACCGUAGUGAUAAGACGUCGUCGAAGGCUCGACAAAUCUAUGCCAUGCUGGACAAUAUUGAACACUACAAGAGCCAGCAGUUGGAGAGAUUGCGAGAAAACUAUACACAACAGGUCCAUCGCAUCAAGGACAACUGUGCACAGCAGGUCGAAUGGAUUCAAGAUGGCUACAGUACCCAAGCCAAACAUUUGCGAGAGAUUCGUGACAUUGGUACCCAUCACCUGACAACGCUGCGUGAUCAAUACUAUGAUCAGGUGCGACGUGUCCGUGACUAUUCAACAAGCCAGUUGAACUGGGUCCGGGAGAAUUACGUUUUCCAGCGGAACAAGAUUCGCAAGUUCAGUGCCCACCAGGCCCUGAGGCUUCGUGAAGGCUACAAGUACCAACAACAAACGCUCAACAAGGUCCUGGAAAAUCUGCCUAGCUUCUACUUCGAAAACUGCCGCGGGCGUAACGAGGACGAUGAGGAUUUCGACGGUUUCGAAGUUUACCUGAAGGCCAAAAUCGAAAAACUCUCACAGAUGGACGCCGCGACAGCAUCUGCAGCCGUAGCUGCUGCCGUUUCGGCUGCUAACGGUGGAAUGGGCCAUGCGGCAUCCAGCAAGUACAAUCUGGAGAACUUCUCCACCAAAAGCGUCGACGAGAGCAAAGCGUCGGUGUACUUCACUCCAACCGAUGGUCAGCUGAGUCCGGAGCCGCCGCUGCAGCUGCAGCUGUCGCCAAUCCAUAUAAACUAUAUCAACGACGAAACGAUGGGCGAGGGCACCGGGGUUCCACCAGGCUUUUUGGGUGGCGAUACGCCGAAAUCCUUCAAGUCGGUUUUAGGUGGGGCCGCCGGGGGAAGCGGAAUGCUGCCGAACAUCGCAGCAUGUGGAAGCGGAGAGUGUUCAGGAGUAGUUGUUAGAUCUAUUUUGAAACCAGCGGGCAAAUUUGUGUACGAUAGGAAUCUUCAGAAGUAUCGAAUGUGUUAUCAACCCAAUAGGCUAAGUGGGGGGUAUGCAGGGGAUGAGAUGAAUGGUAGUAAGGGAUAUGAGUGUUACAAUGAUGCGAUCGAGGGUGGUGAUUCUUGCGAGGAUGAGAACAACUAUAGUCUGAAGCAUACAAGGAAGCACAAGCGGAAGAGAAAAGCCGUUGGGAAGCCGGCGGGAGGGAAGCAGCUGUGCGAGUAUGAGACUCUGCUGAUGAAGAAUUUGGGUAGUGACCCCAAGGAGGCUCAUUACAAAAUUAUUCACGUCAAUAAGCUGGGUGGUGGAGUUGGAAAUGACCCGGUGGGAAGUGGUUGGACGGCUGGUCGAGCAACCAUCAGGAAGAAGCUUCCGAACAAUACCGAUUACUACAAUUCGCUGGAGGACAUGAUUCAGGAUAGUAAUCAGAAGAUUCGCAAGUUGAUAUACGAUUCUAAAAUUGACAUUAUGAACGAGAUGAUAACAGGGAGUAAUAGUAGGGAUAAGGUUAGCGCUAGCGGUAUGAGUAAUAUAAUGAACUUGGAAAACAGGGAGACAGAGCGAUUGAAAAGAUCCUCUGCUAUGGAUUCGAAGGUUCUUCAGAUUGCACCAUCUUCAGUGACAUCGACGGAGAUUGUCGCCAGGAGCAAUAGCAAUAGCAGUAGUAAUAACAAUAGUCAAAUCAAUAGUGGCUGUGACAGUCGAGAUUCACCCUCAACUGCGCAGAACCUCAAUUACCAUCAGCCUUUGAAGAAGAUUCACAAGCUUCACUUCGAUUCCAGUACAAACCGCAUCCAGCAGAGCACUAGUCUGCCGGAAAUCUACUAUGGUUGUUCGCCGUCUAGUUCCAGUUCGACGCUGAUGCAUCAUAGCUCUGCCGUAACCGGAAGCGGUCAGCCAUCGAACGCACUUACUACAACAUCCAACAAAUCCUCCAACCAGUCGAUCGUGCAGCAACAGUCUCUGUCGUCGGCUUCCUCGGCCGGAUCUAAUGUGGCCCAUGUACCCCCGAAUUCCUAUCAUCAGCCAAAAGUGCACGGCAAACACGUGAUCUUAGCGGUGGAAAACAGCGGCCGCAGUGACGAAACUGCCGACUCGUACGGGCCAUUAUCGCCUAAACCGGACUGCGGUGGUAGCAAAGUGAACCAACGUGCAGUACCGUAAUCACAGCGCAGCGUCACGCCCGUCGUUUGCAAUGCCUACGUUUUAACAUCAACAAUAACGUUUAUAAACUAACUGAAUAUCCAACAGCCCUAAAAGCAACAACAAUCUGUAUUAAGACACAACAAAUCCUUCAGCUCUCCAAUUUCCAAUAUUUGGUUAGAGGAUUAUCAUUGAGCAAAGUAUUUUUCUUCAUCUGUUUCAUUCGCAUUAAUAUUAAUGACCAUGAGAUAUGUCGUACAGUUAUCUAAUUUUAUGUACUACUCGCUAGAACUUACUGAAAUACUAUCUACUGUAUAGUUUCCGUCUACGACAAAAGCAUUGAUAGUUAAUUUACUUUAUUAUUCCUCCCUGGAUGUUCUGUUGGCGAGAAGCAGUCGAUUGUAUAUAAAUUCUGUUGAGUGAAGAUUCGUAGUGAAAGUUGUGUUUAACAGAAGCGGCAUUUUUUUUAAGUUUUCAUUUUUAUCAAAACUUGAGAUAUAAUUAUCUAUACAAUUUAAACAAUGCCAACCAAAUAGGAUGAGUAUUUAGUAUACUCAUCUAUCCUACUUGAUUGGUACUGUACAAACAACAUAUGAGAGAGAGAGUUCUGAAAAUAGAUAGCGAGAGUUCGGCUACGUGCCUGGUGCUAGAAAUUUGGUAUCAUCAGUACUCGAGGUCCUUCGUAGCUUUGUAGCUUCGUAGGGAAAGCACCUGUCCAGCGUACUGGAUAUGUUGGAUCUAACCCCACCGAUGGAAUUGGUUAACCUUCAAUUCAUUUUUCGAGCUAAAUCUGUCACAUGUGCAUAUGCAUAAAUCGAGUUACUAUUAUUAUAGUAACUGAAUAGAAAAUUGGUUACAGCUUUUAGGGGAAUCUGUAAAGUUACAAUCAAUGAAUCACCCACUUUGAGCGUGCUUACAACGGCACACUAGGAGUUAAAUUUCUAAAACCAGUAUUGUGAUUGGUACCAAAUAUUUUGGUAUUUGCGCAUUAUACAUUAGCGCCUGGAUGCUGGCAGCUUCGGAUAAGAAACCAGCCACUGCUAAUAAUUAAUUGGAAGAAUUAAAUGGGAUAGUAUUAGCUCUUCUUAUGACGUUGAAAAUAAAAGUCUGCUAAGAAUUAAAAUAUAUUAUCAAAUUCCAGUUAAUAUUUUCACAGUGCUUAAUCGUUCAUAAUCUAUCAUUGAUUGAUAAUAAUUCUUCAAUAAUUUUAGCUUUUCGAAUUGGAUAUUUUUUCCAAUAAUUGAAAUAUGAGUUCAACUUUAAAUUAAUAAAGAUCUAACUUUCUUGUUGGGAUCUCCAGUUAGUCUUGCGUACAAAGGCGUAGGAUUUCCAAUCCGGAAAUGGCGAGUACGAUUUUUGGUCCGGUCUGGGGGUGUUUCCGAGUAGGAAACAUUCUUGACUCCCUGGGCAUGAUUUUAUCCAUUGUAUACUUGCCACACAAGAUACAUACUCAUGCGAUGGCGAGCAUAGAAAGCUUUCAAUUAAUAACUGAGGAAAUGCUAUAGACUAGUAAGUUGAAAAUCAGGACAAGGUUCUGUUGGAAUUUAGAGCCAUAGAAGAAGAAGAAGAAGAACUAUCUUGUUGAUUGUUGACAGAGGAAUAUUUGAUGCCAUUUUUGUGAGAAAUAAAACAUGAACUCCAACACUACAUUUACUUCAACAAUAGGUAUCCAUUAAAUGAUUCAACAUUCCAUUCCUUUUGUUUGAUAAUUCAGAAAUUAUGCAGAAGAGUUAUGUGCAAUGUCUUAGAAUGUUGUACGUACCUGGUCGCAGCAUGAGCCUUCACUACGAAGUUUCAAUCAACUCAACGUUUUUAUGCGUAAUAAGUUUCGCCUGACUCUAACAAUCAAUCCCUAGUAGGUAGUACAUGGUAGUAUCAAUUCCUAUAACGCCGUAAUCGCAUAGCUGUCCCAUAUGAAUAGGAAACGUAGCAAAGAUGGAACAAAUAUGCGAUUACAGGCAGUAUAGUGAUGUGACAACAGGUUCAAGUCCUUAGCUUUUUUUACUCUAUCCCAUUUUCAAGGAUUUCAGAAAACCUGCUACUCAAAAUUUAGACUCCUGCUUCCCUGCCCUCACCGCAAAUCGUAAUCCUUAUUUUUACCAAAAUGUACGUGAUACAUGAGCCGUUGAUAAACAUAACUUGUGAGUAGAUGGUGAAAAGUUUUAUUAGAGUAUUUAGAAGCAGAAAUGCAAAAAUUUAAAAUAAACGGAGGUUGAACCUUCAAAACAGAGACAUUAAUUGGGAGUUCUUAACUAGCUAUUGAAUUCAUAUAUGAAAACAACAAUGAAGCAGAAUAAAGUGGAGAAUUUAGUCGGUUAUCAUACACAACAUAAAACUCAAAACACACUUAGAAAGUCAGUUACAUGCAAAAGAAUAAAAAAAAAUCAGCAGUACUAGUAGGUGAAAAUGGACAAGGAUACCAUAUUAUUACUUAUAUGUACUAUCUCUUAUCGGUAAUCACUCUACGUUUAUCUAUUGUGUAUGAGAACGUGAAACAAAAAAAAUAAAACUAUCAGAACAAAACACAAACAGAAAAUCCUGUAGAAGUUUCAAUUAUAGAGUCUUUUAAGUAUUGGUGAAGAAUAUGGAAACUGGAGCAGCAAAACUCUUACAUAAAUAGCAGUCAACUGAUAAUAAAAAAUAAUAUACUAAUAAAAAGGAAUGCUAUAAAUAAAAACAAACAAAAAAUACAAUAAAAUCGAACGGAAACAUGAAUUUCAUUUAAAUGUGGGAAUAUAAGAAACUGGAGAAGAGAAAUAUAUUGAAUUUAAUUACUCCUAAAAUUAAACAA